CAAAUUUCUGUUAGAUAAUAGAAACAUGCAAUUGUUAUUUAAAUAGCUUUAUUUUCAACUUAAUUUUAAGAUACAAGCUUUUAAUCUUUUACUAUGUUAUUAUAAACAUUUGUGGUAAGUCUGUUCACUUAUCUUGAGUUCUUGAGCACACUAGUUUUCUGUAAAUUACUUAGUUCCGUACCUUCGUGUCCUUCGCACUAUUUGUAUUAUCAAAGUUGUUCUACUAUCUUUACUUUUCAGUUGUUUACGAAAAAUUUUCAGUCUACGGUGCGGCAGCCUCGCAUAACGGUGCUCCGAGACCGACUGGUUUGUAGUCGGAUAAGCGGUAACUCAUAUACCUAGUACGAUUUUCCUUAUACUCAGAGCAUGCGCAAAGUGCUCGGCAUUGGAAACACAAUCGAUCGACCAAAAUAACAUAGCCCUAACUUCACAGUGUGUGGUAGAAUCAUGACGCACAACGCGAACCGAGUAGAAGAGAUACGAUACUAUCACGAUACGAUCACUAUACUAUCUACAGCAUAGGUAUGCGUUAUCAAAGGUUACGCCUACAUACUUGUCUGCUUUGUAACUUAAUAAAUAACUAUGUUGAGUUGUAGUAAGAGGUAGGAACUACGUUUCUAUGCAUUCUAUCUAAUUCUCGAACAAUUUAUGGCAACCAAUCUAUGAAAUAGAAGCGUACUAGAUAGUGGUGCUAAUGUUGAAAAGGGAGAUUUUUAAGUAUUUCGGAAAAAUCUUACAUUUGGCGUAAGUUUACUUGUGUAGAUACAAGUUAAACUUGACGCUGUGAGCCAAUCUCUGCUGGUUAUUUGUAACAUCAGACUGCUUUUAUAUUUUUAUUUGUACAAUAAGUAUGUAGGGCAUGGAAGAAUUGAAUAAAUCCAUUGCGUAAGAUAAGCCAAGAACUAGUAGAGAGGGAUAAUUUACUGCUGCAAUGAUAGUAGGGACUGUCGGAAAAUUUGAAAAUCCAGGACGAUCUAUCAUACUUACGGUCACAAUCACACGUCAUUCCUGAUAUAGACAAAAUCCCCACAUAAGGCCUGAAAUAGGUGCAUAGGUAGAGGUACCUAGAUGAAAAAACUAUAAUAGGUAAGGUAAGACAUAAUAUUUGCGAUAUCUAGGUUCAAAAACUUAUUUCAUCAAUUCCAGUCUGAAAUACAGAAUCGGGCCUGAGAGCCUACUCAAAAAUAUCACCUUUUAAACUAGAACCGCAUUAGAAACAGCAGUCUGCAAUAAAACUACUUUUCUCUACUUGGUGUUCUUCAAGAUCCUGUAAAACAACAGAUAGUAGGUAUCUAUCUCCGAAAUGUACGACUACUUAUCCAGAGUGGAUAUGGAUGACUCCGAUGUUCCGAAAAAACUAAAAUGAGUUGAAAAGAAUCAUACCGACCAAGGUGGGAUUGCCAAGCAAAUGGGCGAAAUUUAGGGAAUUCCUCAGUUUAUGACGACCACACAUUUUCUGCUCCUCACAUUUUUUCAGGGAUGCUGAAGUCAGAACAUGGAAUUAACUACGAAAAUCUGUUAAGAAUGAAAUUCCCUGAACCUUUCGCGUUUCAAGUUCUUAUGAUAUUCAAGCUUCUUCAUAUUUAUGGUUAGUUGUCUUGUCCAUCAUAGGAAUGGUAACACUUUUUGAUUCGUUUACUCCACUUAAAAAAUCUGGUUUUGAUGAAAUUCAGCAUCGCAUACCUACUAACUACCUACGUUGACCUCUGAGGAAGUUUACAAGGUAGUAGGUAACUUAUAAAUAAUGUAAAAGGUUAGCAGGACCACAAUGAACAACAAAUCCUUUGCGAUAUUGAUACCUAGUGAGUCAUUCAGUUUUUGUAACGAGUAGCUAGACCACCUAGGUUUUAAUUUUAAUGGCGGGAUUUGUGAUCUACCAACGUAUGAAAAAUACCUAUAAGUAGGUUAGAUAAACUGAUUUGUACCGGGCAUGAUAGUCUUUAGCGGACUGAAUACAUUUUAAUGUUUGCAGAUAAAGCUACUACUAAACAGUGUAUUCGAAUACCUUUAAUAAAUAAAGAUCACAUUAAUGUAACCGAGUUUUUAACAAGAAAUCGUCACCUUUCACUUAUUAGAUUCAACGCCAGUUUCCCGAUACUUGUACCACACCUACAAGCAAUACAUUGAAAACCCAAAAGGGGAAGCUGAUAAACGAUAAAAGAACCACAGGAUUCACACAAUAUGAAAUUAAAAUUCUACUUUUCACACGAAUGCUUUGAUAAAAGUGACACUUCCUGGCAAGCGAGUGACCUAUUUGUCAUUGGUUGAUUACGUCAACAGUGCAGUUUUGCUUCUGGCCGAAAAGAAUCCACCCAACAAAAGACACACAAAAAAACACGCGAUAGUGCUCUAGAACAUCAAAUUCGAAUGUGCUUGUCGCUCAAAAGCUAUCGCGCCAUUUUGAAGACGUGAGCAGUUGCGAGUAGAUAAUAUAGCGAGAACGUAACCGCGUGAACACCGACCGGGGACAGCGAAGCCCGACGGCCGAAUGAUUUUUGAGGCGUACAAACUGGAAGAGGGGUCCCCGCGCGGUGGGGCGUCGGUCUCCGUCCUUGUUUCCGAGCCUAUAGCAUAGCUAACUUGCAGCCGACAGUCGUCGCCCGCUCCUGAGAGGUGUAAGAGAAACGAGACCCAGGAAUAAUAAUUAUAACAAAGAACAUUGCUGGCCCAUAGCAGAAUGUGCGACAGUUACAACGCCGUGUGUUCAUUCGAUUAAUAUUAUUUCGUUACCGAUUGUAGAAUAGCAAAAGCCGCCAAAAUGGAGUCGGAUUACGAUCGGAAGUUUGAGGAGAUGAAGAAGUACAUUCCAUUCCUGGAGAGCAUGAUCAAAAGGCUGGAGAGCAACAGGAGUGGAAGCGUCAACCCUCGGCAGGCGCAGCUGGAUAAGAUCAAGUCCCUGAGGGAUCUCCUGCAGGAUGAGAAGAAAAGAAUGAAAAUGGAGAACUUAAACAAAUGCGAACAAGUGCUGGUCAAUUUGUACGCUAAGGUAGAACAGAAAGAUGCUAUACCAGAAAAAUCUGCAUCAGGUCCGGCAUACUCAAGUAAUUCCAAACAGAAAGACGAAAAAGCUUUAGAUUCUGCAAGGAACAAACUUAACUCUAUUUCGAAAGAUCUGGUUGAUAAUAAAGACACUUUGCCUGAAAUAGCUAGAGCUAGUGAAAUCGAGGAAAUUUGCACGCCAGGCAGUAAAGAACCAGCGCUAUUCCAAAGGAGACCAAAUUUAAAGAAAUCCGCAUCCCCUACACGUAAAGCCUCAAUCAGUCCGAAGUCUACGUCUAAACGUAACUACACUCGUGUUUUGGUGUCUCCAGAACCACGAAGCAAAUGGGAUGAACCCAACCCAAACCCGGAUAAGCCCUUAUUCAGCCGUAGGUCACCUCGACGGUCCCCCAAAAGAGUAUCGCCUGCUUACCACAAAAAAGAAAGAAAAAAAUCAAAGAGUCAGAAGUCCAAAGGUCUGAACAUCACAUUGAACGUGCCACAAGAAACUUUGGAUUCAUUAAACACUAAAGAUAUACUUACACGUAUCAUGAAGUGUAACGAUAAUGACGUGGACAUUGAAACUUUAAGAGAAGCAAAAAGACAGAUACUGAGUGAGUUAAAUCAGACUGGUGCGAAUUGUGAUGACAUAUCCGAUUUAUUACUUAAGUCUUAUAAAGACAGUAAGAAGAAUAAAAAUUCUAAAAAGAAAAAAGAUGACGUUGAGGAAGGGGAGCUGUCUGACAGCGAAAGUGAAGCCAUUGAAAGCAUUUAUGGAGAUGUUUUGCUUGAUAAUAAGGGUAAGCAAAGUUCAUCAAGCAAAGCUAAAAUCUCUGAUGAUAAGAGGAAGAUACAGAUUUGUCUUUUACUCAAUUCUGAUAAAGAUGGAAAUGUCAGUGAGUCAUCCAAAGCCGACGAGAAAGGGCCCAAGGAUUUAAAUGAGACAGAUCCAUCUGAUUUUCAAAUGUAUGAUCAAAAAAGCGCCGAGGCGAAAGCUAAUCUUAGCAAUAUGGAGAACCAAUUAGAUAUGAGUAAAGACGAAACUGAGAAUAGUGCCACUAAUGCCGAUAUAAAUAAAAACGUGUCUGAUACACAAGAAAAGGAUAAUGUUGUUAAGCCAGCUAACUUUUACAAGCCAUUAGAGUCUUCAUCUAAUGAUAAAAUCGAGAAAGAUGCCUCGGCGACUACUGAUGCUGAGAAGUUAAGUUCUUCUGAAAAAACAGCAAAAACUUCAAACGAUAAAUCUGUGAACUCCUCGAGUCCAAAUGACUCUAAGGAAACAAAAAGUCAGGUUGAAAUACCUUUACUAAAUGAACGUCCAGUUUCGGAUGAUAAACCUGUUGUAUCAGAAAUAGAUAUAUUGCAAGCUCUAAAAAAUGAAAUACUAAGUGAAUCUCUAUCGAUUCCUGGAUCUGAAACCGUGACGCCACUAUUACAUCAACCAAAACUUACAAAAGUUGCUAGUGCCCAAGAAAUCGCACCGAAAAAACGAAUUUCUUUUGAGAAAUAUAAAGAAAAGGCCACAACACCGGCAAAAGCCACCACUCCGCUUUUUAUAAAAGACUCAUCACAAAGUUUAAAAGAAGAUUUAGCCAAGAAACAAAGUCUUAAAUUGACAAUGAAGGAAUGUGAACGAUUCAAUUUCCCUACUAAACUAGCGUUAGAUGAAGAUGGCGUAUCUGAUGAUGAAGAUAGUCAGGACAAAGUUUCUUUGGAUAAUAUUUAUGACGACAUCGCUCCGCAAUCGCCUGAUAAUAAAAAUGACGGCAAUGCUACGAAUGCAACUAAACCACCAGUUAUAAUACCCGCAGAGUCCCUUCAACCUGCAGCCGCGACUGCUACAGGCGACGUUGAUAUGAGAACAUUAAUGCCACAAGUAUUAAUCCCGCAAUUUCCUAGCCCAAUACCAAACAAAGAUGGCAGUAUUGAAAACAAAACUAAGAAUGAAGAGAAAACGAAAAAGCCUUUAGAUCCUCGAUUGAGAAAAGAUUUCAACCAAUCUGCAAACGUAGAAUCUUCCUCAUUUCCUAUUCAACCACUCAUGGCUACACCAAUCGGUUCUCCCUUUCCUCACAUGAUGAGUCCCGAUAUAAGAUGUGUGCCACCUGUACUUAACUAUUUCCCUAAUAUGACCCCUAGUAGAGCCCCAUUGACUCCUAGUAUAAACCCUAGUAUGACGCCCUCCAUGACACCAAUCAUGACUCCAAAUGCACGAACUUAUGAUAUACCUGCUAUUCAAAACGAGGAAAAUGCGGCUCAGAAACAUGUUUAUGCCCCGAUGUUUAUGCCGUUUGAUCAACGAGAAAAUGAAAGUUCAGUUGCUAAAGAAAUAAGACCUAAUUACAAACCUGAAGUAGAAAAUAGAAAAUCCAGGUGGAAUCCUGCUAAAGACGUCAACACGACGCGAAAAUGGGAAGAACACGAUUCUAGGUCAACAUCUGCACAGAGAGAUGCUCCCGAUUAUCAGAAGUCGCGAUUUAAUGACAACAAAUAUAACAAUUACAACAAGUUUCAGAAAACUUCAGGAUACAAUAUUGAUAGAAGAGAUUCUUUGAAUAGAUUGGAAUGUCCCACAACCCCCGUUCAUCCCUUCGGUCGGUCAGAUUGUCCUCUCACUCCGACGCAUCCAUUCGGUCGACUUGAGGCUCCAAUGACGCCUUUGCCAUCUUUUGGCAGAUCAGAUUGUCCCUCAACACCCAGUUAUCAGUUCGGUCGAACAGAGUGCCCUCCAACGCCAAGCCAUUCCUUCGGGAGAUCAGAUGCUCCCACGACGCCGAGUCAUCCUUUCGGCAGAUCAGAGUGUCCUACUACGCCUAGUCAUCCAUUCGGACGUGGCGAAAUGCCAAUGACACCAAGUCACCCGUUUGGCAGAUCAGAUAAUACUGUCAGGGAUCCAAGGCUAAAUAGAAGUAAUGAUUUUGAUGGCUAUCAGAAGAACGAUAGGGAUCGCAAUAGUUACUACAAAGAUCGUAAUUCGUCGAAUUACUCUUCUCACAACGAUAGGUACGGUGGGUCCGAUUCUUACAGAUCACACAGAGAACAAAGUGUUGGUCGAGAUGACAGAUAUAGUAAAUACUCGCCUCGUGAUUCGGACCAUCGUCAAUUUAAUAGAGACAAUAGAUCUCGGCGCGAGCCCAGUGUCGGUCGCGUGGCGGGAAGAGAUAACGAAGAGGAUCGAUUUUACUCGCGAGAGCGCAGCUACGGCCGUAAGGGUAACGAUUACCGUAACGAUUGCGAUAAUUCCAGAGGGAAUAGUGAAUACGGGGUAAGAAAAGGGUUUUACCGCGAACGCAGUAUUGGAAGAUCAACACCUGAUGAAAGACAGCACCCUCCUCAUAGAGCUACCAGUGUAGGUAGAAGUUUUUCACAGGACGAUGAGGAAAACAGACUAUCCGUCAAGCCCCACGCUGGAAGAUCGUUUACUAUUGAUACUAGUGUCACAACAACAUUCCAAGAUUUCCUAGACACCGGGCGAAAAAUUCAAGUAUUCGAUUAUUCGUUCGAUAGCCGUAAACAACGAGCAUCGAGUGUCGGACGAUCUUUGUGCCGCGAGCCUAGUGUCGGAAGGACAGUGUCUCAAAAUCGAAACGAACAUAAUGAGACCCAUGAAGACACGAAAAGAAACAACUUUAGGCGUGCUUGCAGCGUUGGUCGAGAUUUAGUAAGUUCAAAAGCAGAAAAAAGUUUUAAAGAUAUAAAAGCGGAAUUUCAUUUAUUUAAAUCCCAAUGUGAUGCUAGAGAAACCAAAGUAGCGAAAACUAGUGUUGCUGCAAUAGGUAAUCGACGAGCAGAGACUUCAAAUAAAAGGCAAAGCCGAAUUGAUUUACAUGAAAAUAAAGUAAAGAAAGGGCCAGAGAAUAGUACGAAAAAACCCUAUUCGCCCAGGAAAAACAAUCGAGAUCCCAGGUUACGUAGAGAUUUUAACGAUUUUAAAAGUAAAGACAAUAAAAAUGAUUACAAUCGGAGAAAUUCUGGCAUAGUAUACUCAAAUGAUAACAUAAGUAAAGGUACUAUUUUGGGUUCAGGAUAUGGCGUUAAAAACUACAAAAUUCCAAAAAUUAAACGACCUGAGCCUGAAGUAAUAAAAACUGAUAAAAUUGAACCUGAAAAGAAAUCAAGUGACCCUAAAUUAGAAGCAAUGAAAAAGAACGUUCAAGGCAAAGGCGAGGAAAAUAAAAAUAGCUUAAUUGAACUAUACAUGAGGACGCAGAAAAAAGAAGUCCCGACAAAAAGAAGCGUAGAAAAAUCAGUGCCAAUACAAGAGAAACCAAAAAAUGUAAGUGCUAAUGAUAAAGUGGUAAAAGUGAAUAAAAAACAAAGAGUAGAGAAUAAAGCAGAAACCAAAAAAAAUGCCGAUAUCCAGGAAAGUGAUUUGGAAAAAGAUGACAAUGUAGAGUUAAAACGAAUUACUAGAUCCAGUAGAAAAAGUACUUCAUCGCAACCAAGUAAUAAAUCUAGAGCUAAAAAAGCGGUUAUCUAUGAUACAGACUCUGACGAAGAAACAUUAAACGAGAAGUUAAAUAAGACCAAAACAGAAACCUUGAAUGUUAAAAGUGAUACUAAAACAGAGACCAAAAAACUCAAUGAAGAAAGAACCGUUGUCACAAAUGACGAUUCCAACACUGGCGAUUUGGACUCCAGUUUUGGCAUUGAUGAUUUGGAAAUGUUCUCCGAUAACAUUGUCUCAGACCCAGUUAUGGAUAAUAUAAAUGCUCUUAUAGCAGAUUUGGACAACGACUUGGGGCCAAAUAAAAUGGUAACACCAACUGAUUUUUCUGAAGACAUUUCUCUUGAAACCAUGUUGGAAAGUAUAACAAGUCAAGGGAAAGAGGACACAAAGUCGUUAAACGAGGAAGAGUCUCUGAAUAUAAUUUCAGAGGUUAUCAAAGAUGAUUUAAAUCAGUCUAAAAACUUUGACCAACUAAAGUUAUCGCAAGAUAGUCAAGAGAUUACAUUAAACACGUCAACAACUAAUGUAAGUGUAAUGAAGCUUGAUGAAACAGUAAAAGAAGCAGUUGCUGAGCUUAAAGAGUCUCCACAACUGAAGAUCGAUGAUUUGAAAGAUGAGUCAUUGGUAUCUGCUCAAGAUUCAAAUAAAAAACCGCAAAGUUGCGAUGACUUGGUUACCACAAGUGGAAAUGAUACCGUAGAACCAACUGAUAAGAUGGAAGCCACGAAUAUAGAACAGAAUAGAAGUUCUACACCUGACAGUACCAUAAACACUAAUGAAUUGGCUCAGGAAAAAUCAUUAAGUCAACCAGAGAGCAUCCCCGACAGUACCAAUGAAGUUCAGAAUGAACACAGCUCUAUUGUGUCAUCAACACACGAUAACUCUGAACCAACCUCUUCUAACAAAGAAACAACACCGGCAUUGGAUUCAAUAGGAAAUAUAUUGUCUCUUUUGCAAAACAAAUCGAAAAUUAAGGAGUUGCUGAAUAUGCUAGGCGAGCAGUCUUCUGACAAUGAUAAGAUUAAAAAGAAACUAGAGAAACUGAGUGAGAUAGUUUCUGAUGAAGAUGACGAUUCGAGAGAUGUCAACGAUGACUCUGAAGCUAUUAAAAAACACGAUAACGAGGAAACAGCAUCUGUUGUCAGUGAAAAAGAGGCAAAGCUUACAAACGAAGAGGAUCUCAUUAACGAUGAUUCUGGAAAAAAGUUAACAGGUGAUGAAUCUAGUGAUAAACAAACAGAAGAUGACUCGAGUAUUAAGCAAAAAGAGGAUAGUUUGAAGGAUGACUCAAAAGAAGAAAUUGACCAUGAAGAUAACCUAAAAAAUAAAGAGCUUAAAGGAACCAUGAGCCCAAAGAAAACUGCUAAAAAAACCUCCAAAAAUUUGGCUGAUGAUGAAGAGAAAACAAAUAAAACUACUGAAAGCGAAAACAUAGUUGAAACUGAAAAAACAGAUACAACCUUAGAAGAUGAAAAUGAAGAAGAAGAAAUAACUGAACCUACUUUGACAGUCAAAAAAGGGCCAAUUAAAAAAGGAAAGAAAAGAAAUGCAAAGUCGAAGUCUGCUAAGAAUAUUGUGUCUAAAGCGAAGAGAGUUACAAGAUCUUCCAAAGGUCCAACCAAGAAAAAGCGAUCUAAUGAAUUAAUAAAAUUGCAAGAAGAUAUAAAAGAGAUGUUUAUGAGAGAUGACGUACUGAAUGCUACAGGAAUUAGAAUGUGUCGUUUAGCGAAACUGGUAGACGAUAAAAAAGAAGAGACUCCUACUGAAUCUGAACCAGUUGUUGUCAUGGAAAAAUCUAAAGAGGUAGAGACAUUUGAAGAAACACAGACAGACAAAGCCAGUAAAGUGAAAAUCAAGCCGAAAUCUAAACCAAAAAUACAACCUCUUCCAGAAAUUGAAAAGAAACCAAACAAAGUAAAGCCAUCAAAGUACAAGCCAGGACCUAAAUCGAAAACCAAACAACAAAGAAAGGACGAGGACGCUGAUGAUCCUUAUGCGUUUGAAUCUGACUCUGUCAGCGAUAUUUUGAAUGAGGAAGCAAGUAUCAAAUCCUAUGAUGGCAAAGAGGACUCGAGUUCAGAUUCAGAGAAUGAAUCAUUAGCUUCCUCUAGAAGCAUCGGAAGUUCAGAGUUACUUUGUGAACUGAAAAAGAAACCUAAACGCAAGCGAUUUAGCUGGCAGUCUGGCAUUAUAAAAAAGACGAAAAGGAAGAAGCCUGACGCCAAACAAACUGAAGUUUCCUUAAACGACGACAAACUAAUCCAAAAGAAGGUCACCAUACCUGAUCUCAACUGCUUCACAGAUAAGUCGUAUUGUUUCCGUAAAGAUGUGUUUGAAUAUCCAUGCCGUCUAUGCGAAUAUGUUGGUACAGAAAUAGUGCACCAUUACAAAGAGGAACAUCCUCAUUCGGAAAUACCCCUUUCUCGUAUGAACCCAGAAACAGCUAGAGAAGCGAUCGAACAAUGCGAAGAUAUUAAUUUCCAAGCAGUCAGUAAAAUACCUACUGACAAAUACGUAUGCAGGUUCUGCUAUAAAGAGUUUGGCAAGUCGAGAAAAGGUGGGGUUUUGGAAUCUUUCUUUUGGCAUGUAGUUAGUGUGCACACUGGAGAGUAUAAAAAACUGUGUUCGGAUUGUAUGAACGUCACAAGAUGCCCGUUUAAUUUAGACAUUCCGCCUCCUCCCAAAGAUGUGAAAGGGCAGCUUAUAGGGUAUAUUUGUGAGAAAUGUAAUUUCACACAAAUAUCAUUGGAGAAUCUUAAAACUCAUGUAAUUGUUCGACAUAACGAUGAGCAGACAGAGGUUUACACCAUUAAUUUGGCGGUUAUGUCUAAGAAAACAAUAAAUGCACUUCUAAAGAAAUACAGUGCAGCUGCAUCAUCAGAUCCCGAGCCGAGAGUGCUGAGAAGCUCGCGCUCGAAUCACAGCUUGGAAGCUAGCGAUGAUCGCAGCGAAGAUCGCAGCUUAGAUCGCAGCAGAGAUCGCAGCGGAGAUCGCAGUGAAGAUGACACUGACAGUGAUCACACGAACGAACCGAUCGCUAAGAGAAUAAAACGCAAGAGUAAAAAAUCACGUGUGUCUAUUGAAGUACCGCCUAAAAGCUCUUUACAGUCAAAAAUAACGUUUGAAAACGAUGAUAAUCUUAGCGACAACAUGUCAACUGGAGCCGACAGCGUGAGCACUAUCAAGGUUGAACGAGAAGAUCUUGUGGAUGAUCUACGAAACGAGCAAUUAACUAACACGAAAAAAGCUCAAGAUCCUCCGGAGACUGCUCCAGAAACCUUCGUGCCCGAACCGCCCGCUGCAGCUGAGAUCGAGACGUCUCAAACUAAUUCUUCAGAUGACAUUUUCCCGUAUCCCCACUUCAAAAUAAGUUUCACAGAUGCAGGCUUAAAAGAGUACGUGUGUUGCAUAAACGGCGUCGAAAGUCAUUACAAAACCACUUUACUCAUAUCAAUGAAAAAGCACGUACAAACAAAGCACUCAGAAUUGUGGGACGGAUACUGCUUCGUUUGUAAGGUGAUCGUCACCCCUCAAGGGCGGCAUGAUUUCAGGGAAUGCUUUCAGCACUACCUCGAUGCGCAUAUUGACAACUUCCCGGUAUUAGAGAAACCGGUUCCGGUCGAACCGGUACCAGAACCAGAAGUUAUCACACCCCCUAAGCCGAAGAUAAAUGUUCGUCCUCUGUCCGAGCUUAUAAGCACUGACGAACCAAUUGCUGCUGAGGAAUUGCCACCUCUGCCGAAGAUCGAAAGCAUCGUCAGCUUGAGCCUUCAGCCGGAGCUGCCCACUGGAGAUGACCAGUCUAGCUACGAGCUGCCACCAGAGCUGGAGCCGGAACCGGAGCCGGAGCCAGAACCGGAGCCUGAGCCGGUGAUCCCGUUGAAGUACGAGGAAGCGCAAGCCGAAGUGAUGUCGCAGAAGCAGCAGGUGGUCUUGGACACCAUGAAAUCAAAGGAAAAGUUGAUGCACGUGUAUAAGUGUGCGGGUCGCUACUGCUCUUUCUCCACGGAUUCGGUUGAAGCAGCGCUGCAACACGCGUCGACGCAUCAGCGUAUAGGCGGCGAGAAUGCUAUGUUGUGUGCGUAUUGCAGCUUCGACUGCAUGGGAAACACCAUAGACUUGGUGAUGCACGUAUUCAAGAGCCAUGGGACGUGCCCAUACGUGUGUGGGCACUGCUUCUACCGGGCGGCGGCAAGCCAGUCCGUCGUGGCGCAUAUAAGCAGAGUCCAUCGAGGAUUGAAGCCGCUGAUCCUCAAAUCGCCUGUGAAUCCUCAGCCACCACCCGAUGACACGAAGCUGUCGCGAGAGGCUGCGGUCCAAUAUUACGUGUGUGCUGGCGCUUGCAAGUACCGUAACUACGUGGCGAAAAAGUUCCAAGAACAUUUGACACUUGCGCAUGCGUCGGAUACAUGGGUACAUUGCUAUAUUUGCUCGGAGACCAGAGCGUCGGCCGCCGAGCUUCUGGUCCACAUGAAGAGCCACGAGCUCAAUAUGUACCAGUGCACGUGGUGCGUCCACGGCGCCGACAACGAGGCGCAGUUGCUCGCGCAUUCGUCGGCCAAGCAUCCCGACAAGCCGCCCGCCGCGUACGUCCGGAUGAUCACUAAGAAGGUACGAGUUAUUUAA